CUAGUGGGAGAGGCAGAUUCCGCAUCGAGACCGUGACCGUGUUUGGGGGCAUAUGUGCGCUAUGGCCGCUCUGUCCACGCUGCUGCUCCGCGGGCCUGCCCUGCUCCGCCUCUGCCCCCGGUUGCCCGCGGCCCGCACCUACGCGGCGGGUGGUGACUUUGAAUACAUCAUUGCAGAGAAGAAAGGGAAGAAUAAUAAUGUGGGGCUGGUCCAACUGAACCGGCCAAAGGCCCUGAAUGCACUUUGCCAGGGUCUGAUAAAGGAGCUUAACCAGGCCCUGAUGACGUUUCAGAAGGAUCCGUCCGUAGGAGCCAUAGUCCUGACGGGCUCAGAAAAAUCAUUUGCAGCUGGAGCAGACAUCAAGGAGUUACGUGAUAAGACUUUACAAUCCUGCUACUCAGAUAAUUUCUUAAAGGACUGGGACACCCUCAGCCACAUCAAGAAGCCAGUCAUAGCUGCUGUCAACGGUUUUGCACUUGGGGGAGGCUGUGAGCUUGCUAUGAUGUGUGACAUCGUCUAUGCCGGCGAGAAGGCUCAAUUUGGACAGCCAGAGAUCCUGAUAGGGACCAUCCCAGGUUCUGGAGGAACUCAGAGACUUACCCGGGUAGUUGGGAAGUCUUUGGCAAUGGAGAUGGUCCUUACAGGUGACCGAAUCUCAGCUCAAGAAGCCAAGCAAGCAGGCCUCGUCAGCAAAAUUUUCCCUGUGGAGAAGCUGGUUGAAGAAGCCAUCCAAUGUGCAGAAAAAAUUGCCAGCAAUUCUAAAAUUGUGACAGAAAUGGCCAAAGAGGCAGUGAAUGCAGCUUUUGAGAUGACAUUAGCAGAAGGCAUUAGAUUGGAGAAGAAACUCUUCUACUCAACCUUUGCCACUGAUGACCAGAAAGAAGGAGUGAGUGCAUUUGUGGAGAAGAGGAAGGCCAACUUUAAGGACAAGUAACUACUGGCUUAUUCUUAAGAAGUGGCAAGGAGACAAAUUUUUCUUUAGAAGUGACUUUUAAAAAAUAAAAAUAAAUCAUAGCUAUUGUACACAGGUAAACUAUAAAUGACCCAAUGUGCCUCUUGUAAAACUGCAGUGUUGCUUCGGAAGAUUAUUCAGGGCAUCCUUUGCUGAUUCAGAGAGCUUGUCCUCUAUACUUUGGUGCACCAGAAUCCAAGAUCUUGUCUCAAGACACUGAAGUCAUUUAUUUGCCUUAAUGGAUCUGUCUCUGCAUCGUCAUUAAUUCCAGUGCCAGGUGCACCUUACCAAUUUGAUCUUAUUGUCUGAUGUUAGGUCAGAAAUUGGUGGAAGCCUUCAGUGUUCUGUAUUAAAACAACAUCACGUGACACGUAAGGGACUUGGAAUCUGGACCAGUCUGUUUGUAUUCACUGUCAUUUGAAUGUAAUCAUGUCAACAUGAGAAACAUUUCCUUCGUGCUUUUGUGCUUAUUUAAAUUAUAUGGAAAAGCCAUUGAUUAAAAUGACUUCUUACUCAUUA